AGCAGCACCCUCUGGAUUAUCGGACUCAUGCUGACGACCACGCGUAGUCAAGAUUGUGAAAGUCUUAGGUGAAGGAGGAUUUUCUUUCGUGUACCUCGCCCAGGAUGAGCACAGUGGGAGGCAGUUCGCCUUGAAGAAGAUCCGAUGUCCCGGUGGGAACGAGGACGUCCGGCAAGCUAUGCGAGAAGUUGAGGCGUAUAGGCGGUUCAAACACCCGAACAUCAUUCGCAUUCUCGAUUCGGCGGUUGUACAGGACUCCGCUGGUGACGGUCAAGUAGUGUAUCUCUUCCUACCUCUCUACAAGAGGGGAAAUCUCCAAGAUGCUAUCAACGCUAAUUCGAUAAAUGGCACACACUUCUCUGAAAAGGAGAUGCUCCGCCUGUUCAAGGGGACCUGUGAAGCUGUACGGGCUAUGCACGAUUAUCGCGCGCCCAUUGCCUCCCGCUCCAACCCUCGCGUCUCCCGAGAAAACCAAUCCUCAUCGGCCGAUCGGCGGCCGCAGCAGCCACAACGGAACAUCAAUGCUGAUAACGGUCACUCUGAUGACGAAGAUGACGCGAUGCUUCCGCAACCCGAGGGCGAUGCUGAGGGUGGCUACUCAUACCAUGGACCGGCGAGUCGAUCAUCUGUUCCUCUCCUCAACAGAGGUCCAGACGUGGGAGAAGCGAUCUUUGACGGAGACGAAGAGCUUGCACGUAUUCAGCAAAGUGGUGUGGAGAAUGGUGCAAUCCCUGGAGACACGGAGUUAGUGCCCUACGCGCAUCGAGAUUUGAAGCCUGGAAACGUUAUGGUUGCGGACGACGGCCGACCAAUCCUCAUGGACUUUGGCAGUGCCACGAAGGCGCGCAUCAAGAUCGAAAACCGCUCCCAAGCGCUGUUGCAGCAAGAUAUUGCUGCUGAGCAGAGUACUAUGGCAUACCGAGCGCCCGAGCUGUUCGAUGUGAAAACUGGCAUCACCCUCGACGAGAAGGUGGACAUCUGGUCUCUAGGCUGCACGCUCUUUGCUCUAGCCUACUUGCAUUCUCCUUUCGAAAACACACAGACUACGGAGCAGGGCGGCUCGAUAGCUAUGGCAGUCAUGAAUGCGCAGUACAAGCACCCCAGCUCGCAAUACUCACAAGGUUUCAAAGAGCUCAUUGACUCAACGCUCAAAGUUAACCCGCAAGACCGACCAGAUAUUCAUCAAGUCGUAGAAAUGACUGACAAGCUGCUUCAGCGACUAUGAUUGAUCGUCACAUCUCUACGGCUAGCCCCACUCGAUCGGACUGCGCGACGCCCUACUUCUCGCUCGGUAUCAGAGCCUCACACUCCUUCAGUAUUUAUACAUGUAGUGUAUAGAAUGAACGCGUCUGGAUAUGUAUUGUGUUGACGCCGGAGCAUACAUUUUAAUCGGUGCUUCACACAGACUUCUCUCAGUGCCUUCUAACUUUCGCGUCCUCGGUGGACUUUUUCAACGCAUUGCUAGCCUUGACCCUUACGCUCGCUCUUAGCGGCUCUUUUAGGGAUUUUGCUAUUGCAGUACCAGGUUUUGCGGAGGCCUCCUCUGACGGAACGGCAGGUGUCGCAGGCUGAUCUUCCUUAGUUUUCGCCUCUGCCUUAUUUAAAGGCUUCGAUGCGUCCUUCGCGCUGCUCACCUUGCUUGGCUUGGACAAAGUUUUGGCGUACUUGACGGCCAACUUAUCCUCGACCUUCUCCUCGACCUUACGUCUCUUUCGUGGAGGCUCGUCAGAUGAAGCUGCAGAAGACUUGGGCGUGUCACCGGUAGUCUUGGCCUUCUCCGCCUGUUUACGCCUCCUCUUGACAAUCUCUUUAUGCUUUGCGCGUUUAGCUUUGAUGGUGGCGAGCUUGGCUUUCCUUUUCUCUGCACGUUUUGAGAACCCACCCUCCUUUGGCUUUGGCUCGAUUUGCACCUUGCACUCUUCGUUUAGUUGGCGGAUGAGGUCCCGAACAUUGCCCUCGGGACCAGCUCCCGAUACUAGCUCGACGAAAUGCGUGAAUCGCCGAUUAUGUGCCUUUGAUGACUUGUGCACAUCCCCCAUUCUUGAGUUCUUCAGCAGCUUUCCUGGACAGAGAAUACACGCGCGAACGUCCGGGUCCAUAGAGAUAAUGUACAGUGGGUCGCUGACGGCUUGAGUGACGGACAUUGGCGGGAACUCGUUCUCGGCUUCGCUAUCCUCUCCUGCCUCACUCUCCAUACCUUCCAUUUCCUCCUCACUAUCCUCUUCGACCUCUUCCUCUUCGACGUCCCCAUCUUCGGCCCUCCAAUCAGCCCCUUUGUCAUCUGAGCUUGACUCAGAGCUGCUAGAGUCGCUCUCCUCGGAGUCAGUGUCUUGCAAACCCAGCACCUCCUUCAUCUCGCUAUCCAGUCCCAGCUCUUCCUCUUUCUCCAGCUUCCAUACCCGCUUUUGUAC